AUGGCUGCAUCCACCAUGUCCGUCUGCUCCAGUGCUUACUCCGACUCCCGGCAGGUGGACGACUGCCCAGAGAGCUGCUGUGAGCCCCCCUGCGGCGCCCGCAGCUGCUGCACCCCAGCCCCCUGCCUGACCCUGGUCUGCACCCCAGUGAGCUGUGUGUCCAGCCCCUGCUGCCAGGCGGCCUGUGAGCCCAGCCCCUGCCAAUCAGGCUGUACCAGCUCCUGCACACCCUCGUGCUGCCAGCAGUCUAGCUGCCAGCCGGCUUGCUGCACCUCCUCCCCCUGCCAGCAGGCCUGCUGUGUGCCUAUGUGCUGCAAGACUCGGGCCUGCUGUGUGCCCGUCUGCUGCAAGCCUGUGUGCUGUGUGUCCACCUGCUCUGAGGAUUCCUCUUCAUGCUGCCAGCAGUCUAGCUGCCAGCCGGCUUGCUGCACCUCCUCUUCCUACCAGCAGGCCUGCCGUGUGCCCGUCUGCUGCAAGACUGUCUACUGCAAGCCUAUCUGCUGUGUGCCCGUCUGUUCUGGGGCUUCCUCUUCAUGCUGCCAGCAGUCUCGCUGCCAGCCAGCUUGCUGCACCACCUCCUGCUGCAGACCCUCCUCCUCUGUGUCCCUCCUCUGCCGCCCCGUGUGCAGGUCCACCUGCUGUGUGCCCAUCUCCUCCUGCUGUGCCCCCACCUCCUCCUGCCAGUCCAGCUGCUGCUGCCCGGCCUCCUGCGUGUCCCUCCUCUGCCGCCCCGCAUGCUCCCGCCUGGCCUGCUACAGCCUCUGCUCAGGUGAGAAGUCCAGCUGCUGAGUGCUCAAUCCUUGUCUCCUGCCGACUGUGUAUUUGCUGCCAAGCAGGAUUCUCCAGUCUCAGGAGCCCCUGGAGUCCUCAGAAUCCACCAGCUCCAUCAGUAGCCACAUAGUUGCUGCCUGAAGGGGAUUUUGAGCACAUGACACUUUCCUCACCACUGUCUGGGAAGAGACAACCCACAAAUCCCUCAGCAGGUGGACUGUGGCCUUCUGGAACCCCCUUCUCCAAAUGUAUUGCUUACACCCAAUGUGACAAAGAAGAACUGCUCUAAUAAUACAUUCUUGAGUC